AUGCUUGGUGUUUUCGUACCAUGUCCGGUUUUUGCUAGUGGUCCUCACAGGGACGGCAUACCAUUUCGUGGGUAUGCACCACCAACAGGCUUCGUCGCAAAGGCUCUGAAAUCAUUUUCACACCUUGUUGAUGACCUGUCGUAUCUUAUCCCUUUCCAACACCCUCUACCCAAUUCACUCCCUCAGGCAUCUGAGUGCCUGUCCUCGGGGGACAUGGGAAGCCUCAAAGACCCCACCAUGGACGCCCCUGCAGAUGCUGUGCUGCGUGUGGCUCAGCUCGCCCUCUCCUGCACCGUGGAGCGCACUGCAGCCCGCCCAAGCAUGGCACAUGUCGCCAACGAGCUGCAGGCCAUCCGGGAGGAGUGGGUGGGGAAAGAGGAGCUCAGCGCGGCUGUCAAGGUGGAUACGCAGGUGCAGGAGAUGAAGGAUGUUGUCGGCCUGAACAGCCUCGAUACCAAACUUCAGAUGAUUGAAGACAACUUGGAUAGAGCGUGGGAGAGGUUGGAGGGUUCGGGGAGGGUGGAGGGUUUGGGGAAGGUGGAGGGUUUGGUGGGUGUGGAGGGAGUGUUGAAGGUGGAGGAGCUGGAGGGGUUGGGAGGGGUCACAUAUGGCACAGAAUGUUCAAAGGCACAGAAUGUUCAAAGGCACAGAAUGUUCAAAGGCACAGAAUGUUCAAAGGCACAGAAUGUUCAAAGGCACAGAAUGUUCAAAGGCACAGAAUGUUCAAAGGCACAGAAUGUUCAAAGGCACAGAAUGUUCAAAGGCACAGAAUGUUCAAAGGCACAGAAUGUUCAAAGGCACAGAAUGUUCAAAGGCACAGAAUGUUCAAAGGCACAGAAUGUUCAAAGGCACAGAAUGUUCAAAGGCACAGAAUGUUCAAAGGCACAGAAUGUUCAAAGGCACAGAAUGUUCAAAGGCACAGAAUGUUCAAAGGCACAGAAUGUUCAAAGGCACAGAAUGUUCAAAGGCACAGAAUGUUCAAAGGCACAGAAUGUUCAAAGGCACAGAAUGUUCAAAGGCACAGAAUGUUCAAAGGCACAGAAUGUUCAAAGGCACAGAAUGUUCAAAGGCACAGAAUGUUCAAAGGCACAGAAUGUUCAAAGGCACAGAAUGUUCAAAGGCACAGAAUGUUCAAAGGCACAGAAUGUUCAAAGGCACAGAAUGUUCAAAGGCACAGAAUGUUCAAAGGCACAGAAUGUUCAAAGGCACAGAAUGUUCAAAGGCACAGAAUGUUCAAAGGCACAGAAUGUUCAAAGGCACAGAAUGUUCAAAGGCACAGAAUGUUCAAAGGCACAGAAUGUUCAAAGGCACAGAAUGUUCAAAGGCACAGAAUGUUCAAAGGCACAGAAUGUUCAAAGGCACAGAAUGUUCAAAGGCACAGAAUGUUCAAAGGCACAGAAUGUUCAAAGGCACAGAAUGUUCAAAGGCACAGAAUGUUCAAAGGCACAGAAUGUUCAAAGGCACAGAAUGUUCAAAGGCACAGAAUGUUCAAAGGCACAGAAUGUUCAAAGGCACAGAAUGUUCAAAGGCACAGAAUGUUCAAAGGCACAGAAUGUUCAAAGGCACAGAAUGUUCAAAGGCACAGAAUGUUCAAAGGCACAGAAUGUUCAAAGGCACAGAAUGUUCAAAGGCACAGAAUGUUCAAAGGCACAGAAUGUUCAAAGGCACAGAAUGUUCAAAGGCACAGAAUGUUCAAAGGCACAGAAUGUUCAAAGGCACAGAAUGUUCAAAGGCACAGAAUGUUCAAAGGCACAGAAUGUUCAAAGGCACAGAAUGUUCAAAGGCACAGAAUGUUCAAAGGCACAGAAUGUUCAAAGGCACAGAAUGUUCAAAGGCACAGAAUGUUCAAAGGCACAGAAUGUUCAAAGGCACAGAAUGUUCAAAGGCACAGAAUGUUCAAAGGCACAGAAUGUUCAAAGGCACAGAAUGUUCAAAGGCACAGAAUGUUCAAAGGCACAGAAUGUUCAAAGGCACAGAAUGUUCAAAGGCACAGAAUGUUCAAAGGCACAGAAUGUUCAAAGGCACAGAAUGUUCAAAGGCACAGAAUGUUCAAAGGCACAGAAUGUUCAAAGGCACAGAAUGUCAAAGGCACAGAAUGUUCAAAGGCACAGAAUGUUCAAAGGCACAGAAUGUUCAAAGGCACAGAAUGUCAAAGGCACAGAAUGUUCAAAGGCACAGAAUGUUCAAAGGCACAGAAUGUUCAAAGGCACAGAAUGUUCAAAGGCACAGAAUGUUCAAAGGCACAGAAUGUUCAAAGGCACAGAAUGUUCAAAGGCACAGAAUGUUCAAAGGCACAGAAUGUUCAAAGGCACAGAAUGUUCAAAGGCACAGAAUGUUCAAAGGCACAGAAUGUUCAAAGGCACAGAAUGUUCAAAGGCACAGAAUGUUCAAAGGCACAGAAUGUUCAAAGGCACAGAAUGUUCAAAGGCACAGAAUGUUCAAAGGCCACAGAAUGUUCAAAGGCACAGAAUGUUCAAAGGCACAGAAUGUUCAAAGGCACAGAAUGUUCAAAGGCACAGAAUGUUCAAAGGCACAGAAUGUUCAAAGGCACAGAAUGUUCAAAGGCACAGAAGAGGUUCAAGGCACAGAAUGUUCAAAGGCACAGAAUGUCAAAGGCACAGAAGUUCAAAGGCACAGAAUGUUCAAAGGCACAGAAUGUUCAAAGGCACAGAAUGUUCAAAGGCACAGAAUGUUCAAAGGCACAGAAUGUUCAAAGGCACAGAAUGUUCAAAGGCACAGAAUGUUCAAAGGCACAGAAUGUUCAAAGGCACAGAAUGUUCAAAGGCACAGAAUGUUCAAAGGCACAGAAUGUUCACAGAGGCACAGAAUGUUCAAAGGCACAGAAUGUUCAAAGGCACAGAAUGUUCAAAGGCACAGAAUGUUCAAAGGCAUCAGAAUGUUCAAAGGCACAGAAUGUUCAAAGGCACAGAAUGUUCAACAGCACAGAAUGUUCAAAGGCACAGAAUGUUCAAAGGCACAGAAUGUUCAAAGGCACAGAAUGUUCAAAGGCACAGAAUGUUCAAAGUCACAGAAUGUUUCAAAGGCACAGAAUGUUCAAAGGCACAGAAUGUUCAAAGGCACAGAAUGUUCAAAGGCACAGAAUGUUCAAAGGCACAGAAUGUUCAAAGGCACAGAAUGUUCAAAGGCACAGAAUGUUCAAAGGCACAGAAUGUUCAAAGGCACAGAAUGUUCAAAGGCACAGAAUGUUCAAAGGCACAGAAUGUUCAAAGGCACAGAAUGUUCAAAGGCACAGAAUGUUCAAAGGCACAGAAUGUUCAAAGGCACAGAAUGUUCAAAGGCACAGAAUGUUCAAAGGCACAGAAUGUUCAAAGGCACAGAAUGUUCAAAGGCACAGAAUGUUCAAAGGCACAGAAUGUUCAAAGGCACAGAAUGUUCAAAGGCACAGAAUGUUCAAAGGCACAGAAUGUUCAAAGGCACAGAAUGUUCAAAGGCACAGAAUGUUCAAAGGCACAGAAUGUUCAAAGGCACAGAAUGUUCAAAGGCACAGAAUGUUCAAAGGCACAGAAUGUUCAAAGGCACAGAAUGUUCAAAGGCACAGAAUGUUCAAAGGCACAGAAUGUUCAAAGGCACAGAAUGUUCAAAGGCACAGAAUGUUCAAAGGCACAGAAUGUUCAAAGGCACAGAAUGUUCAAAGGCACAGAAUGUUCAAAGGCACAGAAUGUUCAAAGGCACAGAAUGUUCAAAGGCACAGAAUGUUCAAAGGCACAGAAUGUUCAAAGGCACAGAAUGUUCAAAGGCACAGAAUGUUCAAAGGCACAGAAUGUUCAAAGGCACAGAAUGUUCAAAGGCACAGAAUGUUCAAAGGCACAGAAUGUUCAAAGGCACAGAAUGUUCAAAGGCACAGAAUGUUCAAAGGCACAGAAUGUUCAAAGGCACAGAAUGUUCAAAGGCACAGAAUGUUCAAAGGCACAGAAUGUUCAAAGGCACAGAAUGUUCAAAGGCACAGAAUGUUCAAGGCACAGAUGUUCAAAGGCACAGAAUGUUCAAAGGCACAGAAUGUUCAAAGGCACAGAAUGUUCAAAGGCACAGAAUGUUCAAAGGCACAGAAUGUUCAAAGGCACAGAAUGUUCAAAGGCACAGAAUGUUCAAAGGCACAGAAUGUUCAAAGGCACAGAAUGUUCAAAGGCACAGAAUGUUCAAAGGCACAGAAUGUUCAAAGGCACAGAAUGUUCAAAGGCACAGAAUGUUCAAAGGCACAGAAUGUUCAAAGGCACAGAAUGUUCAAAGGCACAGAAUGUUCAAAGGCACAGAAUGUUCAAAGGCACAGAAUGUUCAAAAGGCACAGAAUGUUCAAGGGCACAGAAUGUUCAAAGGCACAGAAUGUUCAAAGGCACAGAAUGUUCAAAGGCACAGAAUGUUCAAAGGCACAGAAUGUUCAAAGGCACAGAAUGUUCAAAGGCACAGAAUGUUCAAAGGCACAGAAUGUUCAAAGGCACAGAAUGUUCAAAGGCACAGAAUGUUCAAAGGCACAGAAUGUUCAAAGGCACAGAAUGUUCAAAGGCACAGAAUGUUCAAAGGCACAGAAUGUUCAAAGGCACAGAAUGUUCAAAGGCACAGAAUGUUCAAAGGCACAGAAUGUUCAAAGGCACAGAUGUUCAAAGGCACAGAAUGUUCAAAGGCACAGAAUGUUCAAAGGCACAGAAUGUUCAAAGGCACAGAAUGUUCAAAGGCACAGAAUGUUCAAAGGCACAGAAUGUUCAAAGGCACAGAAUGUUCAAAGGCACAGAAUGUUCAAAGGCACAGAAUGUUUCAAAGGCACAGAAUGUUCAAAGGCACAGAAUGUUCAAAGGCACAGAAUGUUCAAAGGCACAGAAUGUUCAAAGGCACAGAACUGUUCAAAGGCACAGAAUGUUCAAGGCACAGAAUGUUCAAAGGCACAGAAUGUUCAAAGGCACAGAAUGUUCAAAAGGCACAGAAUGUUCAAAGGCACAGAAUGUUCAAAGGCACAGAAUGUUCAAAGCACAGAAUGUUCAAAGGCACAGAAUGUUCAAAGGCACAGAAUGUUCAAAGGCACAGAAUGUUCAAAGGCACAGAAUGUUCAAAGGCACAGAAUGUUUCAAAGGCACAGAAUGUUCAAAGGCACAGAAUGUUCAAAGGCACAGAAUGUUCAAAGGCACAGAAUGUUCAAAUGCACAGAAUGUUCAAAGGCACAGAAUGUUCAAAGGCACAGAAUGUUCAAAGGCACAGAAUGUUCAAAGGCACAGAAUGUUCAAAGGCACAGAAUGUUCAAAGGCACAGAAUGUUCAAAGGCACAGAAUGUUCAAAGGCACAGAAUGUUCAAAGGCACAGAAUGUUCAAAGGCACAGAAUGUUCAAAGGCACAGAAUGUCAAAGGCACAGAAUGUUCAAGGCACAGAAUGUUCAAAGGCACAGAAUGUUCAAGGCACAGAAUGUUCAAAGGCACAGAAUGUUCAAAGGCACAGAAUGUUCAAAGGCACAGAAUGUUCAAAGGCACAGAAUGUUCAAAGGCACAGAAUGUUCAAAGGCACAGGAAUGUUCAAAGGCACAGAAUGUUCAAAGGCACAGAAUGUUCAAAGGCACAGAAUGUUCAAAGGCACAGAAUGUUCAAAGGCACAGAAUGUUCAAAGGCACAGAAUGUUCAAAGGCACAGAAUGUUCAAGGCACAGAAUGUUCAAAGGCACAGAAUGUUCAAAGGCACAGAAUGUUCAAAGGCACAGAAUGUUCAAAGGCACAGAAUGUUCAAAGGCACAGAAUGUUCAAAGGCACAGAAUGUUCAAAGGCACAGAAUGUUCAAAGGCACAGAAUGUUCAAGGCACAGAAUGUUCAAAGGCACAGAAUGUUCAAAGGCACAGAAUGUUCAAGGCACAGAAUGUUCAAAGGCACAGAAUGUUCAAAGGCACAGAAUGUUCAAAGGCACAGAAUGUUCAAAGGCACAGAAUGUUCAAGGCACAGAAUGUUCAAAGGCACAGAAUGUUCAAAGGCACAGAAUGUUCAAAGGCACAGAAUGUUCAAAGGCACAGAAUGUUCAAAGGCACAGAAUGUUCAAAGGCACAGAAUGUUCAAAGGCACAGAAUGUUCAAAGGCACAGAAUGUUCAAAGGCACAGAAUGUUCAAAGGCACAGAAUGUUCAAAGGCACAGAAUGUUCAAAGGCACAGAAUGUUCAAAGGCACAGAAUGUUCAAAGGCACAGAAUGUUCAAAGGCACAGAAUGUUCAAGGCACAGAAUGUUCAAAGGCACAGAAUGUUCAAAGGCACAGAAUGUUCAAAGGCACAGAAUGUUCAAAGGCACAGAAUGUUCAAAGGCACAGAAUGUUCAAAGGCACAGAAUGUUCAAAGGCACAGAAUGUUCAAAGGCACAGAAUGUUCAAAGGCACAGAAUGUUCAAAGGCACAGAAUGUUCAAAGGCACAGAAUGUUCAAAGGCACAGAAUGUUCAAAGGCACAGAAUGUUCAAAGGCACAGAAUGUUCAAAGGCACAGAAUGUUCAAAGGCACAGAUGUUCAAAGGCACAGAAUGUUCAAAGGCACAGAAUGUUCAAAGGCACAGAAUGUUCAAAGGCACAGAAUGUUCAAAGGCACAGAAUGUUCAAAGGCACAGAAUGUUCAAGGCACAGAAUGUUCAAAGGCACAGAAUGUUCAAAGGCACAGAAUGUUCAAGGGCACAGAAUGUUCAAAGGCACAGAAUGUUCAAAGGCACAGAAUGUUCAAAGGCACAGAAUGUUCAAAGGCACAGAAUGUUCAAAGGCACAGAAUGUUCAAAGGCACAGAAUGUUCAAAGGCACAGAAUGUUCAAAGGCACAGAAUGUUCAAAGGCACAGAAUGUUCAGGCACAGAAUGUUCAAAGGCACAGAAUGUUCAAAGGCACAGAAUGUUCAAGGGCACAGAUUCAAAGGCACAGAAUGUUCAAAGGCACAGAAUGUUCAAAGGCACAGAAUGUUCAAAGGCACAGAAUGUUCAAAGGCACAGAAUGUUCAAAGGCACAGAAUGUUCAAAGGCACAGAAUGUUCAGGGCACAGAAUGUUCAAAGGCACAGAAUGUUCAAAGGCACAGAAUGUUCAAAGGCACAGAAUGUUCAAAGGCACAGAAUGUUCAAAGGCACAGAAUGUUCAAAGGCACAGAAUGUUCAAAGGCACAGAAUGUUCAAAGGCACAGAAUGUUCAAAGGCACAGAAUGUUCAAAGGCACAGAAUGUUCAAAGGCACAGAAUGUUCAAAGGCACAGAAUGUUCAAAGGCACAGAAUGUUCAAAGGCACAGAAUGUUCAAAGGCACAGAAUGUUCAAAGGCACAGAAUGUUCAAGGCACAGAAUGUUUCAAAGGCACAGAAUGUUCAAAGGCACAGAAUGUUCAAAGGCACAGAAUGUUCAAAGGCACAGAAUGUUCAAAGGCACAGAAUGUUCAAAGGCACAGAAUGUUCAAAGGCACAGAAUGUUCAAAGGCACAGAAUGUUCAAAGGCACAGAAUGUUCAAAGGCACAGAAUGUUCAAAGGCACAGAAUGUUCAAAGGCACAGAAUGUUCAAAGGCACAGAAUGUUCAAAGGCACAGAAUGUUCAAAGGCACAGAAUGUUCAAAGGCACAGAAUGUUCAAAGGCACAGAAUGUUCAAAGGCACAGAAUGUUCAAAGGCACAGAAUGUUCAAAGGCACAGAAUGUUCAAAGGCACAGAAUGUUCAAAGGCACAGAAUGUUCAAAGGCACAGAAUGUUCAAAGGCACAGAAUGUUCAAAGGCACAGAAUGUUCAAAGGCACAGAAUGUUCAAAGGCACAGAAUGUUCAAAGGCACAGAAUGUUCAAAGGCACAGAAUGUUCAAAGGCACAGAAUGUUCAAAGGCACAGAAUGUUCAAAGGCACAGAAUGUUCAAAGGCACAGAAUGUUCAAAGGCACAGAAUGUUCAAAGGCACAGAAUGUUCAAAGGCACAGAAUGUUCAAAGGCACAGAAUGUUCAAAGGCACAGAAUGUUCAAAGGCACAGAAUGUUCAAAGGCACAGAAUGUUCAAAGGCACAGAAUGUUCAAAGGCACAGAAUGUUCAAAGGCACAGAAUGUUCAAAGGCACAGAAUGUUCAAAGGCACAGAAUGUUCAAGGCACAGAAUGUUCAAAGGCACAGAAUGUUCAAAGGCACAGAAUGUUCAAAGGCACAGAAUGUUCAAAGGCACAGAAUGUUCAAAGGCACAGAAUGUUCAAAGGCACAGAAUGUUCAAAGGCACAGAAUGUUCAAAGGCACAGAAUGUUCAAAGGCACAGAAUGUUCAAAGGCACAGAAUGUUCAAAGGCACAGAAUGUUCAAAGGCACAGAAUGUUCAAAGGCACAGAAUGUUCAAGGCACAGAAUGUUCAAAGGCACAGAAUGUUCAAAGGCACAGAAUGUUCAAGCACAGAAUGUUCAAAGGCACAGAAUGUUCAAAGGCACAGAAUGUUCAAAGGCACAGAAUGUUCAAGGCACAGAAUGUUCAAAGGCACAGAAUGUUCAAAGGCACAGAAUGUUCAAAGGCACAGAAUGUUCAAAGGCACAGAAUGUUCAAAGGCACAGAAUGUUCAAAGGCACAGAAUGUUCAAAGGCACAGAAUGUUCAAGGGCACAGAAUGUUCAAGGCACAGAAUGUUCAAAGGCACAGAAUGUUCAAAGGCACAGAAUGUUCAAAGGCACAGAAUGUUCAAAGGCACAGAAUGUUCAAAGGCACAGAAUGUUCAAAGGCACAGAAUGUUCAAGGCACAGAAUGUUCAAAGGCACAGAAUGUUCAAAGGCACAGAAUGUUCAAGGCACAGAAUGUUCAAAGGCACAGAAUGUUCAAAGGCACAGAAUGUUCAAGGCACAGAUUUCAAGGCACAGAAUGUUCAAGGCACAGAAUGUUCAAAGGCACAGAAUGUUCAAAGGCACAGAAUGUUCAAGGCACAGAAUGUUCAAAGGCACAGAAUGUUCAAAGGCACAGAAUGUUCAAAGGCACAGAAUGUUCAAAGGCACAGAAUGUUCAAAGGCACAGAAUGUUCAAAGGCACAGAAUGUUCAAAGGCACAGAAUGUUCAAGGCACAGAAUGUUCAAAGGCACAGAAUGUUCAAAGGCACAGAAUGUUCAAAGGCACAGAAUGUUCAAAGGCACAGAAUGUUCAAAGGCACAGAAUGUUCAAAGGCACAGAAUGUUCAAAGGCACAGAAUGUUCAAAGGCACAGAAUGUUCAAAGGCACAGAAUGUUCAAAGGCACAGAAUGUUCAAAGGCACAGAAUGUUCAAAGGCACAGAAUGUUCAAAGGCACAGAAUGUUCAAAGGCACAGAAUGUUCAAAGGCACAGAAUGUUCAAGGCACAGAAUGUUCAAAGGCACAGAAUGUUCAAAGGCACAGAAUGUUCAAAGGCACAGAAUGUUCAAAGGCACAGAAUGUUCAAAGGCACAGAAUGUUCAAAGGCACAGAAUGUUCAAAGGCACAGAAUGUUCAAAGGCACAGAAUGUUCAAAGGCACAGAAUGUUCAAAGGCACAGAAUGUUCAAAGGCACAGAAUGUUCAAGGCACAGAAUGUUCAAAGGCACAGAAUGUUCAAAGGCACAGAAUGUUCAAAGGCACAGAAUGUUCAAAGGCACAGAAUGUUCAAAGGCACAGAAUGUUCAAAGGCACAGAAUGUUCAAAGGCACAGAAUGUUCAAAGGCACAGAAUGUUCAAAGGCACAGAAUGUUCAAAGGCACAGAAUGUUCAAAGGCACAGAAUGUUCAAAGGCACAGAAUGUUCAAAGGCACAGAAUGUUCAAAGGCACAGAAUGUUCAAAGGCACAGAAUGUUCAAAGGCACAGAAUGUUCAAAGGCACAGAAUGUUCAAAGGCACAGAAUGUUCAAAGGCACAGAAUGUUCAAAGGCACAGAAUGUUCAAAGGCACAGAAUGUUCAAAGGCACAGAAUGUUCAAAGGCACAGAAUGUUCAAGGCACAGAAUGUUCAAAGGCACAGAAUGUUCAAAGGCACAGAAUGUUCAAAGGCACAGAAUGUUCAAAGGCACAGAAUGUUCAAAGGCACAGAAUGUUCAAAGGCACAGAAUGUUCAAAGGCACAGAAUGUUCAAAGGCACAGAAUGUUCAAAGGCACAGAAUGUUCAAAGGCACAGAAUGUUCAAAGGCACAGAAUGUUCAAAGGCACAGAAUGUUCAAAGGCACAGAAUGUUCAAAGGCACAGAAUGUUCAAAGGCACAGAAUGUUCAAAGGCACAGAAUGUUCAAAGGCACAGAAUGUUCAAAGGCCACAGAAUGUUCAAAGGCACAGAAUGUUCAAAGGCACAGAAUGUUCAAAGGCACAGAAUGUUCAAAGGCACAGAAUGUUCAAAGGCACAGAAUGUUCAAAGGCACAGAAUGUUCAAGGGCACAGAAUGUUCAAAGGCACAGAAUGUUCAAAGGCACAGAAUGUUCAAGGCACAGAAUGUUCAAAGGCACAGAAUGUUCAAAGGCACAGAAUGUUCAAAGGCACAGAAUGUUCAAAGGCACAGAAUGUUCAAAGGCACAGAAUGUUCAAAGGCACAGAAUGUUCAAAGGCACAGAAUGUUCAAAGGCACAGAAUGUUCAAGGCACAGAAUGUUCAAAGGCACAGAAUGUUCAAAGGCACAGAAUGUUCAAAGGCACAGAAUGUUCAAAGGCACAGAAUGUUCAAAGGCACAGAAUGUUCAAAGGCACAGAAUGUUCAAGGCACAGAAUGUUCAAAGGCACAGAAUGUUCAAAGGCACAGAAUGUUCAGGGCACAGAAUGUUCAAAGGCACAGAAUGUUCAAAGGCACAGAAUGUUCAAAGGCACAGAAUGUUCAAAGGCACAGAAUGUUCAAAGGCACAGAAUGUUCAAAGGCACAGAAUGUUCAAAGGCACAGAAUGUUCAAAGGCACAGAAUGUUCAAGGCACAGAAUGUUCAAAGGCACAGAAUGUUCAAAGGCACAGAAUGUUCAAAGGCACAGAAUGUUCAAAGGCACAGAAUGUUCAAAGGCACAGAAUGUUCAAAGGCACAGAAUGUUCAAGGCACAGAAUGUUCAAGGCACAGAAUGUUCAAAGGCACAGAAUGUUCAAAGGCACAGAAUGUUCAAAGGCACAGAAUGUUCAAAGGCACAGAAUGUUCAAAGGCACAGAAUGUUCAAAGGCACAGAAUGUUCAAAGGCACAGAAUGUUCAAAGGCACAGAAUGUUCAAAGGCACAGAAUGUUCAAGGCACAGAAUGUUCAAAGGCACAGAAUGUUCAAAGGCACAGAAUGUUCAAAGGCACAGAAUGUUCAAAGGCACAGAAUGUUCAAAGGCACAGAAUGUUCAAAGGCACAGAAUGUUCAAGGCACAGAAUGUUCAAAGGCACAGAAUGUUCAAAGGCCAGAAUGUCAAGGCACAGAAUGUUCAAAGGCACAGAAUGUUCAAAGGCACAGAAUGUUCAAAGGCACAGAAUGUUCAAAGGCACAGAAUGUUCAAAGGCACAGAAUGUUCAAAGGCACAGAAUGUUCAAAGGCACAGAAUGUUCAAAGGCACAGAAUGUUCAAAGGCACAGAAUGUUCAAAGGCACAGAAUGUUCAAAGGCACAGAAUGUUCAAAGGCACAGAAUGUUCAAAGGCACAGAAUGUUCAAAGGCACAGAAUGUUCAAAGGCACAGAAUGUUCAAAGGCACAGAAUGUUCAAAGGCACAGAAUGUUCAAAGGCACAGAAUGUUCAAAGGCACAGAAUGUUCAAAGGCACAGAAUGUUCAAAGGCACAGAAUGUUCAAAGGCACAGAAUGUUCAAAGGCACAGAAUGUUCAAAGGCACAGAAUGUUCAAAGGCACAGAAUGUUCAAAGGCACAGAAUGUUCAAAGGCACAGAAUGUUCAAAGGCACAGAAUGUUCAAAGGCACAGAAUGUUCAAAGGCACAGAAUGUUCAAAGGCACAGAAUGUUCAAAGGCACAGAAUGUUCAAAGGCACAGAAUGUUCAAAGGCACAGAAUGUUCAAAGGCACAGAAUGUUCAAGGCACAGAAUGUUCAAAGGCACAGAAUGUUCAAAGGCACAGAAUGUUCAAAGGCACAGAAUGUUCAAAGGCACAGAAUGUUCAAAGGCACAGAAUGUUCAAAGGCACAGAAUGUUCAAAGGCACAGAAUGUUCAAAGGCACAGAAUGUUCAAAGGCACAGAAUGUUCAACGGCAGAAUGUCAAAGGCACAGAUGUUCAGGCACAGAAUGUUCAAAGGCACAGAAUGUUCAAAGGCACAGAAUGUUCAAGGGCACAGAAUGUUCAAAGGCACAGAAUGUUCAAAGGCACAGAAUGUUCAAAGGCACAGAAUGUUCAAAGGCACAGAAUGUUCAAAGGCACAGAAUGUUCAAAGGCACAGAAUGUUCAAAGGCACAGAAUGUUCAGGGCACAGAAUGUUCAAAGGCACAGAAUGUUCAAAGGCACAGAAUGUUCAGGCACAGAAUGUUCAAAGGCACAGAAUGUUCAAAGGCACAGAAUGUUCAAAGGCACAGAAUGUUCAAAGGCACAGAAUGUUCAAAGGCACAGAAUGUUCAAAGGCACAGAAUGUUCAAAGGCACAGAAUGUUCAAAGGCACAGAAUGUUCAAAGGCACAGAAUGUUCAAAGGCACAGAAUGUUCAAAGGCACAGAAUGUUCAAAGGCACAGAAUGUUCAAAGGCACAGAAUGUUCAAGGCACAGAAUGUUCAAAGGCACAGAAUGUUCAAAGGCACAGAAUGUUCAAAGGCACAGAAUGUUCAAAGGCACAGAAUGUUCAAAGGCACAGAAUGUUCAAAGGCACAGAAUGUUCAAAGGCACAGAAUGUUCAAAGGCACAGAAUGUUCAAAGGCACAGAAUGUUCAAAGGCACAGAAUGUUCAAAGGCACAGAAUGUUCAAAGGCACAGAAUGUUCAAAGGCACAGAAUGUUCAAGGCACAGAAUGCACAGAAUGUUCAAAGGCACAGAAUGUUCAAAGGCACAGAAUGUUCAAAGGCACAGAAUGUUCAAAGGCACAGAAUGUUCAAAGGCACAGAAUGUUCAAAGGCACAGAAUGUUCAAAGGCACAGAAUGUUCAAGGCACAGAAUGUUCAAAGGCACAGAAUGUUCAAAGGCACAGAAUGUUCAAAGGCACAGAAUGUUCAAAGGCACAGAAUGUUCAAAGGCACAGAAUGUUCAAAGGCACAGAAUGUUCAAAGGCACAGAAUGUUCAAAGGCACAGAAUGUUCAAAGGCACAGAAUGUUCAAAGGCACAGAAUGUUCAAAGGCACAGAAUGUUCAAAGGCACAGAAUGUUCAAAGGCACAGAAUGUUCAAAGGCACAGAAUGUUCAAAGGCACAGAAUGUUCAAAGGCACAGAAUGUUCAAAGGCACAGAAUGUUCAAAGGCACAGAAUGUUCAAAGGCACAGAAUGUUCAAAGGCACAGAAUGUUCAAAGGCACAGAAUGUUCAAAGGCACAGAAUGUUCAAAGGCACAGAAUGUUCAAAGGCACAGAAUGUUCAAAGGCACAGAAUGUUCAAGGCACAGAAUGUUCAAAGGCACAGAAUGUUCAAAGGCACAGAAUGUUCAAGGCACAGAAUGUUCAAGGCACAGAAUGUUCAAAGGCACAGAAUGUUCAAAGGCACAGAAUGUUCAAAGGCACAGAAUGUUCAAAGGCACAGAAUGUUCAAAGGCACAGAAUGUUCAGGGCACAGAAUGUUCAAAGGCACAGAAUGUUCAAGGCACAGAAUGUUCAAGGCACAGAAUGUUCAAAGGCACAGAAUGUUCAAGGCACAGAAUGUUCAAAGGCACAGAAUGUUCAAAGGCACAGAAUGUUCAAAGGCACAGAAUGUUCAAAGGCACAGAAUGUUUCAAAGGCACAGAAUGUUCAAAGGCACAGAAUGUUCAAGGCACAGAAUGUUCAAAGGCACAGAAUGUUCAAAGGCACAGAAUGUUCAAAGGCACAGAAUGUUCAAAGGCACAGAAUGUUCAAAGGCACAGAAUGUUCAAAGGCACAGAAUGUUCAAAGGCACAGAAUGUUCAAAGGCACAGAAUGUUCAAAGGCACAGAAUGUUCAAGGCACAGAAUGUUCAAAGGCACAGAAUGUUCAAAGGCACAGAAUGUUCAAAGGCACAGAAUGUUCAAAGGCACAGAAUGUUCAAAGGCACAGAAUGUUCAAAGGCACAGAAUGUUCAAAGGCACAGAAUGUUCAAAGGCACAGAAUGUUCAAAGGCACAGAAUGUUCAAAGGCACAGAAUGUUCAAAGGCACAGAAUGUUCAAAGGCACAGAAUGUUCAAAGGCACAGAAUGUUCAAAGGCACAGAAUGUUCAAGGGCACAGAAUGUUCAAAGGCACAGAAUGUUCAAGGCACAGAAUGUUCAAGGGCACAGAAUGUUCAAAGGCACAGAAUGUUCAAAGGCACAGAAUGUUCAAAGGCACAGAAUGUUCAAAGGCACAGAAUGUUCAAAGGCACAGAAUGUUCAAAGGCACAGAAUGUUCAAAGGCACAGAAUGUUCAAAGGCACAGAAUGUUCAAAGGCACAGAAUGUUCAAAGGCACAGAAUGUUCAAAGGCACAGAAUGUUCAAAGGCACAGAAUGUUCAAAGGCACAGAAUGUUCAAAGGCACAGAAUGUUCAAAGGCACAGAAUGUUCAAAGGCACAGAAAUGUUCAAAGGCCAGAAUGUUCAAAGGCACAGAAUGUUCAAAGGCACAGAAUGUUCAAAGGCACAGAAUGUUCAAGGCACAGAAUGUUCAAAGGCACAGAAUGUUCAAAGGCACAGAAUGUUCAAAGGCACAGAAUGUUCAAAGGCACAGAAUGUUCAAAGGCACAGAAUGUUCAAAGGCACAGAAUGUUCAAAGGCACAGAAUGUUCAAAGGCACAGAAUGUUCAAGGCACAGAAUGUUCAAAGGCACAGAAUGUUCAAGGCACAGAAUGUUCAAAGGCACAGAAUGUUCAAAGGCACAGAAUGUUCAAAGGCACAGAAUGUUCAAAGGCACAGAAUGUUCAAAGGCACAGAAUGUUCAAAGGCACAGAAUGUUCAAAGGCACAGAAUGUUCAAAGGCACAGAAUGUUCAAAGGCACAGAAUGUUCAAAGGCACAGAAUGUUCAAAGGCACAGAAUGUUCAAAGGCACAGAAUGUUCAAAGGCACAGAAUGUUCAAGGCACAGAAUGUUCAAAGGCACAGAAUGUUCAAAGGCACAGAAUGUUCAAAGGCACAGAAUGUUCAAAGGCACAGAAUGUUCAAAGGCACAGAAUGUUCAAAGGCACAGAAUGUUCAAAGGCACAGAAUGUUCAAAGGCACAGAAUGUUCAAAGGCACAGAAUGUUCAAGGCACAGAAUGUUCAAAGGCACAGAAUGUUCAAAGGCACAGAAUGUUCAAAGGCACAGAAUGUUCAAAGGCACAGAAUGUUCAAAGGCACAGAAUGUUCAAAGGCACAGAAUGUUCAAAGGCACAGAAUGUUCAAAGGCACAGAAUGUUCAAGGCACAGAAUGUUCAAAGGCACAGAAUGUUCAAAGGCACAGAAUGUUCAAGGCACAGAAUGUUCAAAGGCACAGAAUGUUCAAAGGCACAGAAUGUUCAAAGGCACAGAAUGUUCAAAGGCACAGAAUGUUCAAAGGCACAGAAUGUUCAAAGGCACAGAAUGUUCAAAGGCACAGAAUGUUCAAAGGCACAGAAUGUUCAAAGGCACAGAAUGUUCAAAGGCACAGAAUGUUCAAAGGCACAGAAUGUUCAAAGGCACAGAAUGUUCAAAGGCACAGAAUGUUCAAAGGCACAGAAUGUUCAAAGGCACAGAAUGUUCAAAGGCACAGAAUGUUCAAAGGCACAGAAUGUUCAAAGGCACAGAAUGUUCAAAGGCACAGAAUGUUCAAGGCACAGAAUGUUCAAAGGCACAGAAUGUUCAAAGGCACAGAAUGUUCAAAGGCACAGAAUGUUCAAGGGCACAGAAUGUUCAAAGGCACAGAAUGUUCAAAGGCACAGAAUGUUCAAAGGCACAGAAUGUUCAAAGGCACAGAAUGUUCAAAGGCACAGAAUGUUCAAAGGCACAGAAUGUUCAAAGGCACAGAAUGUUCAAAGGCACAGAAUGUUCAGGGCACAGAAUGUUCAAAGGCACAGAAUGUUCAGGGCACAGAAUGUUCAAAGGCACAGAAUGUUCAAAGGCACAGAAUGUUCAAAGGCACAGAAUGUUCAAAGGCACAGAAUGUUCAAAGGCACAGAAUGUUCAAAGGCACAGAAUGUUCAAAGGCACAGAAUGUUCAAAGGCACAGAAUGUUCAAAGGCACAGAAUGUUCAAAGGCACAGAAUGUUCAAAGGCACAGAAUGUUCAAAGGCACAGAAUGUUCAAAGGCACAGAAUGUUCAAGGCACAGAAUGUUCAAAGGCACAGAAUGUUCAAAGGCACAGAAUGUUCAAAGGCACAGAAUGUUCAAAGGCACAGAAUGUUCAAAGGCACAGAAUGUUCAAAGGCACAGAAUGUUCAAAGGCACAGAAUGUUCAAAGGCACAGAAUGUUCAAAGGCACAGAAUGUUCAAAGGCACAGAAUGUUCAAAGGCACAGAAUGUUCAAAGGCACAGAAUGUUCAAAGGCACAGAAUGUUCAAAGGCACAGAAUGUUCAAAGGCACAGAAUGUUCAAAGGCACAGAAUGUUCAAAGGCACAGAAUGUUCAAAGGCACAGAAUGUUCAAAGGCACAGAAUGUUCAAAGGCACAGAAUGUUCAAGGCACAGAAUGUUCAAAGGCACAGAAUGUUCAAAGGCACAGAAUGUUCAAGGCACAGAAUGUUCAAAGGCACAGAAUGUUCAAAGGCACAGAAUGUUCAAGGGCACAGAAUGUUCAAAGGCACAGAAUGUUCAAAGGCACAGAAUGUUCAAAGGCACAGAAUGUUCAAAGGCACAGAAUGUUCAAAGGCACAGAAUGUUCAAAGGCACAGAAUGUUCAAAGGCACAGAAUGUUCAAAGGCACAGAAUGUUCAGGGCACAGAAUGUUCAAAGGCACAGAAUGUUCAAAGGCACAGAAUGUUCAAGGGCACAGAAUGUUCAAAGGCACAGAAUGUUCAAAGGCACAGAAUGUUCAAAGGCACAGAAUGUUCAAAGGCACAGAAUGUUCAAAGGCACAGAAUGUUCAAAGGCACAGAAUGUUCAGGGCACAGAAUGUUCAGGGCACAGAAUGUUCAAAGGCACAGAAUGUUCAAAGGCACAGAAUGUUCAAAGGCACAGAAUGUUCAAAGGCACAGAAUGUUCAAAGGCACAGAAUGUUCAAAGGCACAGAAUGUUCAAAGGCACAGAAUGUUCAAAGGCACAGAAUGUUCAAAGGCACAGAAUGUUCAAAGGCACAGAAUGUUCAAAGGCACAGAAUGUUCAAAGGCACAGAAUGUUCAAAGGCACAGAAUGUUCAAAGGCACAGAAUGUUCAAAGGCACAGAAUGUUCAAAGGCACAGAAUGUUCAAAGGCACAGAAUGUUCAGGGCACAGAAUGUUCAAAGGCACAGAAUGUUCAAAGGCACAGAAUGUUCAAGGCACAGAAUGUUCAAAGGCACAGAAUGUUCAAAGGCACAGAAUGUUCAAAGGCACAGAAUGUUCAAAGGCACAGAAUGUUCAAAGGCACAGAAUGUUCAAAGGCACAGAAUGUUCAAAGGCACAGAAUGUUCAAAGGCACAGAAUGUUCAAAGGCACAGAAUGUUCAAAGGCACAGAAUGUUCAAAGGCACAGAAUGUUCAAAGGCACAGAAUGUUCAAAGGCACAGAAUGUUCAAAGGCACAGAAUGUUCAAAGGCACAGAAUGUUCAAAGGCACAGAAUGUUCAAAGGCACAGAAUGUUCAAAGGCACAGAAUGUUCAAAGGCACAGAAUGUUCAAAGGCACAGAAUGUUCAAAGGCACAGAAUGUUCAAAGGCACAGAAUGUUCAAAGGCACAGAAUGUUCAGGGCACAGAAUGUUCAAAGGCACAGAAUGUUCAAAGGCACAGAAUGUUCAAAGGCACAGAAUGUUCAGGGCACAGAAUGUUCAAAGGCACAGAAUGUUCAAAGGCACAGAAUGUUCAAAGGCACAGAAUGUUCAAAGGCACAGAAUGUUCAAAGGCACAGAAUGUUCAAAGGCACAGAAUGUUCAAAGGCACAGAAUGUUCAAGGGCACAGAAUGUUCAAAGGCACAGAAUGUUCAAAGGCACAGAAUGUUCAAGGGCACAGAAUGUUCAAAGGCACAGAAUGUUCAAAGGCACAGAAUGUUCAAAGGCACAGAAUGUUCAAAGGCACAGAAUGUUCAAAGGCACAGAAUGUUCAAAGGCACAGAAUGUUCAAAGGCACAGAAUGUUCAAAGGCACAGAAUGUUCAAAGGCACAGAAUGUUCAAAGGCACAGAAUGUUCAAGGCACAGAAUGUUCAGCACAGAAUGUUCAAAGGCACAGAAUGUUCAAAGGCACAGAAUGUUCAAAGGCACAGAAUGUUCAAAGGCACAGAAUGUUCAAAGGCACAGAAUGUUCAAGGCACAGAAUGUUCAAAGGCACAGAAUGUUCAAAGGCACAGAAUGUUCAAAGGCACAGAAUGUUCAAAGGCACAGAAUGUUCAAAGGCACAGAAUGUUCAAAGGCACAGAAUGUUCAAAGGCACAGAAUGUUCAAAGGCACAGAAUGUUCAAAGGCACAGAAUGUUCAAAGGCACAGAAUGUUCAAAGGCACAGAAUGUUCAAAGGCACAGAAUGUUCAAAGGCACAGAAUGUUCAAAGGCACAGAAUGUUCAAAGGCACAGAAUGUUCAAAGGCACAGAAUGUUCAAAGGCACAGAAUGUUCAAAGGCACAGAAUGUUCAAAGGCACAGAAUGUUCAAAGGCACAGAAUGUUCAGGGCACAGAAUGUUCAAAGGCACAGAAUGUUCAAAGGCACAGAAUGUUCAAAGGCACAGAAUGUUCAAAGGCACAGAAUGUUCAAGGCACAGGAAUGUUCAAAGGCACAGAAUGUUCAAAGGCACAGAAUGUUCAAAGGCACAGAAUGUUCAAAGGCACAGAAUGUUCAAAGGCACAGAAUGUUCAAAGGCACAGGAAUGUUCAAAGGCACAGAAUGUUCAAAGGCACAGAAUGUUCAAAGGCACAGAAUGUUCAAAGGCACAGAAUGUUCAAAGGCACAGAAUGUUCAGGCACAGAAUGUUCAAAGGCACAGAAUGUUCAAAGGCACAGAAUGUUCAAGGCACAGAAUGUUCAAAGGCACAGAAUGUUCAAAGGCACAGAAUGUUCAAAGGCACAGAAUGUUUCAAAGGCACAGAAUGUUCAAAGGCACAGAAUGUUCAAAGGCACAGAAUGUUCAAGGCACAGAAUGUUCAAGGCACAGAAUGUUCAAAGGCACAGAAUGUUCAAAGGCACAGAAUGUUCAAAGGCACAGAAUGUUCAAAGGCACAGAAUGUUCAAAGGCACAGAAUGUUCAAAGGCACAGAAUGUUCAAAGGCACAGAAUGUUCAAAGGCACAGAAUGUUCAAAGGGCACAGAAUGUUCAAAGGCACAGAAUGUUCAAAGGCACAGAAUGUUCAAAGGCACAGAAUGUUCAAAGGCACAGAAUGUUCAAAGGCACAGAAUGUUCAAAGGCACAGAAUGUUCCAAAGGCACAGAAUGUUCAAAGGCACAGAAUGUUCAAAGGCACAGAAUGUUCAAGGCACAGAAUGUUCAAAGGCACAGAAUGUUCAAAGGCACAGAAUGUUCAAAGGCACAGAAUGUUCAAGGCACAGAAUGUUCAAAGGCACAGAAUGUUUUCAAGGGCACAGAAUGUUCAAAGGCACAGAAUGUUCAAAGGCACAGACUGUUUCAAAGGCACAGAAUGUUCAAAGGCACAGAAUGUUCAAAGGCACAGAAUGUUCAAAGGCACAGAAUGUUCAAAGGCACAGAAUGUUCAAAGGCACAGAAUGUUCAAAGGCACAGAAUGUUCAAAGGCACAGAAUGUUCAAAGGCACAGAAUGUUCAAAGGCACAGAAUGUUCAAAGGCACAGAAUGUUCAAAGGCACAGAAUGUUCAAAGGCACAGAAUGUUCAAAGGCACAGAAUGUUCAAAGGCACAGAAUGUUCAAAGGCACAGAAUGUUCAAAGGCACAGAAUGUUCAAAGGCACAGAAUGUUCAAAGGCACAGAAUGUUCAAAGGCACAGAAUGUUCAAAGGCACAGAAUGUUCAAAGGCACAGAAUGUUCAAAGGCACAGAAUGUUCAAAGGCACAGAAUGUUCAAAGGCACAGAAUGUUCAAAGGCACAGAAUGUUCAAAGGCACAGAAUGUUCAAAGGCACAGAAUGUUCAAAGGCACAGAAUGUUCAAAGGCACAGAAUGUUCAAAGGCACAGAAUGUUCAAAGGCACAGAAUGUUCAAGGCACAGAAUGUUCAAAGGCACAGAAUGUUCAAAGGCACAGAAUGUUCAAAGGCACAGAAUGUUCAAAGGCACAGAAUGUUCAAAGGCACAGAAUGUUCAAAGGCACAGAAUGUUCAAAGGCACAGAAUGUUCAAAGGCACAGAAUGUUCAAAGGCACAGAAUGUUCAAAGGCACAGAAUGUUCAAAGGCACAGAAUGUUCAAAGGCACAGAAUGUUCAAAGGCACAGAAUGUUCAAAGGCACAGAAUGUUCAAGGCACAGAAUGUUCAAAGGCACAGAAUGUUCAAGGCACAGAAUGUUCAAAGGCACAGAAUGUUCAAAGGCACAGAAUGUUCAAAGGCACAGAAUGUUCAAAGGCACAGAAUGUUCAAAGGCACAGAAUGUUCAAAGGCACAGAAUGUUCAAAGGCACAGAAUGUUCAAAGGCACAGAAUGUUCAAAGGCACAGAAUGUUCAAAGGCACAGAAUGUUCAAAGGCACAGAAUGUUCAAAGGCACAGAAUGUUCAAAGGCACAGAAUGUUCAAAGGCACAGAAUGUUCAAAGGCACAGAAUGUUCAAAGGCACAGAAUGUUCAAAGGCACAGAAUGUUCAAAGGCACAGAAUGUUCAAAGGCACAGAAUGUUCAAAGGCACAGAAUGUUCAAAGGCACAGAAUGUUCAAAGGCACAGAAUGUUCAAAGGCACAGAAUGUUCAAAGGCACAGAAUGUUCAAAGGCACAGAAUGUUCAAAGGCACAGAAUGUUCAAAGGCACAGAAUGUUCAAAGGCACAGAAUGUUCAAAGGCACAGAAUGUUCAAAGGCACAGAAUGUUCAAAGGCACAGAAUGUUCAAAGGCACAGAAUGUUCAAAGGCACAGAAUGUUCAAAGGCACAGAAUGUUCAAAGGCACAGAAUGUUCAAAGGCACAGAAUGUUCAAAGGCACAGAAUGUUCAAAGGCACAGAAUGUUCAAAGGCACAGAAUGUUCAAAGGCACAGAAUGUUCAAAGGCACAGAAUGUUCAAAGGCACAGAAUGUUCAAAGGCACAGAAUGUUCAAAGGCACAGAAUGUUCAAAGGCACAGAAUGUUCAAAGGCACAGAAUGUUCAAAGGCACAGAAUGUUCAAAGGCACAGAAUGUUCAAAGGCACAGAAUGUUCAAAGGCACAGAAUGUUCAAAGGCACAGAAUGUUCAAAGGCACAGAAUGUUCAAAGGCACAGAAUGUUCAAAGGCACAGAAUGUUCAAAGGCACAGAAUGUUCAAAGGCACAGAAUGUUCAAAGGCACAGAAUGUUCAAAGGCACAGAAUGUUCAAAGGCACAGAAUGUUCAAAGGCACAGAAUGUUCAAAGGCACAGAAUGUUCAAAGGCACAGAAUGUUCAAAGGCACAGAAUGUUCAAAGGCACAGAAUGUUCAAAGGCACAGAAUGUUCAAAGGCACAGAAUGUUCAAAGGCACAGAAUGUUCAAAGGCACAGAAUGUUCAAAGGCACAGAAUGUUCAAAGGCACAGAAUGUUCAAAGGCACAGAAUGUUCAAGCACAGAAUGUUCAAGGCACAGAAUGUUCAAAGGCACAGAAUGUUCAAAGGCACAGAAUGUUCAAAGGCACAGAAUGUUCAAAGGCACAGAAUGUUCAAAGGCACAGAAUGUUCAAAGGCACAGAAUGUUCAAAGGCACAGAAUGUUCAAAGGCACAGAAUGUUCAAAGGCACAGAAUGUUCAAAGGCACAGAAUGUUCAAAGGCACAGAAUGUUCAAAGGCACAGAAUGUUCAAAGGCACAGAAUGUUCAAAGGCACAGAAUGUUCAAAGGCACAGAAUGUUCAAAGGCACAGAAUGUUCAAAGGCACAGAAUGUUCAAAGGCACAGAAUGUUCAAAGGCACAGAAUGUUCAAAGGCACAGAAUGUUCAAAGGCACAGAAUGUUCAAAGGCACAGAAUGUUCAAAGGCACAGAAUGUUCAAAGGCACAGAAUGUUCAAAGGCACAGAAUGUUCAAAGGCACAGAAUGUUCAAAGGCACAGAAUGUUCAAAGGCACAGAAUGUUCAAAGGCACAGAAUGUUCAAAGGCACAGAAUGUUCAAAGGCACAGAAUGUUCAAAGGCACAGAAUGUUCAAAGGCACAGAAUGUUCAAAGGCACAGAAUGUUCAAAGGCACAGAAUGUUCAAAGGCACAGAAUGUUCAAAGGCACAGAAUGUUCAAAGGCACAGAAUGUUCAAAGGCACAGAAUGUUCAAAGGCACAGAAUGUUCAAAGGCACAGAAUGUUCAAAGGCACAGAAUGUUCAAAGGCACAGAAUGUUCAAAGGCACAGAAUGUUCAAAGGCACAGAAUGUUCAAAGGCACAGAAUGUUCAAAGGCACAGAAUGUUCAAAGGCACAGAAUGUUCAAAGGCACAGAAUGUUCAAAGGCACAGAAUGUUCAAAGGCACAGAAUGUUCAAAGGCACAGAAUGUUCAAAGGCACAGAAUGUUCAAAGGCACAGAAUGUUCAAAGGCACAGAAUGUUCAAAGGCACAGAAUGUUCAAAGGCACAGAAUGUUCAAAGGCACAGAAUGUUCAAAGGCACAGAAUGUUCAAAGGCACAGAAUGUUCAAAGGCACAGAAUGUUCAAAGGCACAGAAUGUUCAAAGGCACAGAAUGUUCAAAGGCACAGAAUGUUCAAAGGCACAGAAUGUUCAAAGGCACAGAAUGUUCAAAGGCACAGAAUGUUCAAAGGCACAGAAUGUUCAAAGGCACAGAAUGUUCAAAGGCACAGAAUGUUCAAAGGCACAGAAUGUUCAAAGGCACAGAAUGUUCAAAGGCACAGAAUGUUCAAAGGCACAGAAUGUUCAAAGGCACAGAAUGUUCAAAGGCACAGAAUGUUCAAGGCACAGAAUGUUCAAAGGCACAGAAUGUUCAAAGGCACAGAAUGUUCAAAGGCACAGAAUGUUCAAAGGCACAGAAUGUUCAAAGGCACAGAAUGUUCAAAGGCACAGAAUGUUCAAGGCACAGAAUGUUCAAGGCACAGAAUGUUCAAAGGCACAGAAUGUUCAAAGGCACAGAAUGUUCAAAGGCACAGAAUGUUCAAAGGCACAGAAUGUUCAAAGGCACAGAAUGUUCAAAGGCACAGAAUGUUCAAAGGCACAGAAUGUUCAAAGGCACAGAAUGUUCAAAGGCACAGAAUGUUCAAAGGCACAGGAAUGUUCAAAGGCACAGAAUGUUCAAAGGCACAGAAUGUUCAAAGGCACAGAAUGUUCAAAGGCACAGAAUGUUCAAAGGCACAGAAUGUUCAAAGGCACAGAAUGUUCAAAGGCACAGAAUGUUCAAAGGCACAGAAUGUUCAAAGGCACAGAAUGUUCAAAGGCACAGAAUGUUCAAAGGCACAGAAUGUUCAAAGGCACAGAAUGUUCAAAGGCACAGAAUGUUCAAAGGCACAGAAUGUUCAAAGGCACAGAAUGUUCAAAGGCACAGAAUGUUCAAGGCACAGAAUGUUCAAAGGCACAGAAUGUUCAAAGGCACAGAAUGUUCAAAGGCACAGAAUGUUCAAAGGCACAGAAUGUUCAAAGGCACAGAAUGUUCAAAGGCACAGAAUGUUCAAAGGCACAGAAUGUUCAAAGGCACAGAAUGUUCAAAGGCACAGAAUGUUCAAAGGCACAGAAUGUUCAAAGGCACAGAAUGUUCAAAGGCACAGAAUGUUCAAAGGCACAGAAUGUUCAAAGGCACAGAAUGUUCAAAGGCACAGAAUGUUCAAAGGCACAGAAUGUUCAAAGGCACAGAAUGUUCAAAGGCACAGAAUGUUCAAAGGCACAGAAUGUUCAAAGGCACAGAAUGUUCAAAGGCACAGAAUGUUCAAAGGCACAGAAUGUUCAAAGGCACAGAAUGUUCAAAGGCACAGAAUGUUCAAAGGCACAGAAUGUUCAAAGGCACAGAAUGUUCAAAGGCACAGAAUGUUCAAAGGCACAGAAUGUUCAAAGGCACAGAAUGUUCAAAGGCACAGAAUGUUCAAAGGCACAGAAUGUUCAAAGGCACAGAAUGUUCAAAGGCACAGAAUGUUCAAAGGCACAGAAUGUUCAAAGGCACAGAAUGUUCAAAGGCACAGAAUGUUCAAAGGCACAGAAUGUUCAAAGGCACAGAAUGUUCAAAGGCACAGAAUGUUCAAAGGCACAGAAUGUUCAAAGGCACAGAAUGUUCAAAGGCACAGAAUGUUCAAAGGCACAGAAUGUUCAAAGGCACAGAAUGUUCAAAGGCACAGAAUGUUCAAAGGCACAGAAUGUUCAAAGGCACAGAAUGUUCAAAGGCACAGAAUGUUCAAAGGCACAGAAUGUUCAAAGGCACAGAAUGUUCAAAGGCACAGAAUGUUCAAAGGCACAGAAUGUUCAAAGGCACAGAAUGUUCAAAGGCACAGAAUGUUCAAAGGCACAGAAUGUUCAAAGGCACAGAAUGUUCAAAGGCACAGAAUGUUCAAAGGCACAGAAUGUUCAAAGGCACAGAAUGUUCAAAGGCACAGAAUGUUCAAAGGCACAGAAUGUUCAAAGGCACAGAAUGUUCAAAGGCACAGAAUGUUCAAAGGCACAGAAUGUUCAAAGGCACAGAAUGUUCAAAGGCACAGAAUGUUCAAAGGCACAGAAUGUUCAAAGGCACAGAAUGUUCAAAGGCACAGAAUGUUCAAAGGCACAGAAUGUUCAAAGGCACAGAAUGUUCAAAGGCACAGAAUGUUCAAAGGCACAGAAUGUUCAAAGGCACAGAAUGUUCAAAGGCACAGAAUGUUCAAAGGCACAGAAUGUUCAAAGGCACAGAAUGUUCAAAGGCACAGAAUGUUCAAAGGCACAGAAUGUUCAAAGGCACAGAAUGUUCAAAGGCACAGAAUGUUCAAAGGCACAGAAUGUUCAAAGGCACAGAAUGUUCAAAGGCACAGAAUGUUCAAAGGCACAGAAUGUUCAAAGGCACAGAAUGUUCAAAGGCACAGAAUGUUCAAAGGCACAGAAUGUUCAAAGGCACAGAAUGUUCAAAGGCACAGAAUGUUCAAAGGCACAGAAUGUUCAAAGGCACAGAAUGUUCAAAGGCACAGAAUGUUCAAAGGCACAGAAUGUUCAAAGGCACAGAAUGUUCAAAGGCACAGAAUGUUCAAAGGCACAGAAUGUUCAAAGGCACAGAAUGUUCAAAGGCACAGAAUGUUCAAAGGCACAGAAUGUUCAAAGGCACAGAAUGUUCAAAGGCACAGAAUGUUCAAGGCACAGAAUGUUCAAAGGCACAGAAUGUUCAAAGGCACAGAAUGUUCAAAGGCACAGAAUGUUCAAAGGCACAGAAUGUUCAAAGGCACAGAAUGUUCAAAGGCACAGAAUGUUCAAAGGCACAGAAUGUUCAAAGGCACAGAAUGUUCAAAGGCACAGAAUGUUCAAAGGCACAGAAUGUUCAAAGGCACAGAAUGUUCAAAGGCACAGAAUGUUCAAAGGCACAGAAUGUUCAAAGGCACAGAAUGUUCAAAGGCACAGAAUGUUCAAAGGCACAGAAUGUUCAAAGGCACAGAAUGUUCAAAGGCACAGAAUGUUCAAAGGCACAGAAUGUUCAAAGGCACAGAAUGUUCAAAGGCACAGAAUGUUCAAAGGCACAGAAUGUUCAAAGGCACAGAAUGUUCAAAGGCACAGAAUGUUCAAAGGCACAGAAUGUUCAAAGGCACAGAAUGUUCAAAGGCACAGAAUGUUCAAAGGCACAGAAUGUUCAAAGGCACAGAAUGUUCAAAGGCACAGAAUGUUCAAAGGCACAGAAUGUUCAAAGGCACAGAAUGUUCAAAGGCACAGAAUGUUCAAAGGCACAGAAUGUUCAAAGGCACAGAAUGUUCAAAGGCACAGAAUGUUCAAAGGCACAGAAUGUUCAAAGGCACAGAAUGUUCAAAGGCACAGAAUGUUCAAAGGCACAGAAUGUUCAAAGGCACAGAAUGUUCAAAGGCACAGAAUGUUCAAAGGCACAGAAUGUUCAAAGGCACAGAAUGUUCAAAGGCACAGAAUGUUCAAAGGCACAGAAUGUUCAAAGGCACAGAAUGUUCAAAGGCACAGAAUGUUCAAAGGCACAGAAUGUUCAAAGGCACAGAAUGUUCAAAGGCACAGAAUGUUCAAAGGCACAGAAUGUUCAAAGGCACAGAAUGUUCAAAGGCACAGAAUGUUCAAAGGCACAGAAUGUUCAAAGGCACAGAAUGUUCAAAGGCACAGAAUGUUCAAAGGCACAGAAUGUUCAAAGGCACAGAAUGUUCAAAGGCACAGAAUGUUCAAAGGCACAGAAUGUUCAAAGGCACAGAAUGUUCAAAGGCACAGAAUGUUCAAAGGCACAGAAUGUUCAAAGGCGAUGAAUGUUCAAAGGCACAGAAUGUUCAAAGGCGAUGA